CUUCAUAUACCAUUACCAUAGAUACUGAUGGUCUGCGUGUAAGUUACAAUUCCGAGAGAAGAAAGGGGGGAAACAAUGGGAGUGAGCUUGGAGGGUUCGAAAGCGAUAUUGGUAGCGUACAUGAAUCAACACGUCCUCAAAUACCAUCAAUGGAUGCAAGAUCCUGCUCUACUACAAGCCACCGGGUCGGAGCCCUUGACUCUCGAAGAAGAGUACCAGAUGCAGCUUACAUGGACUCGAGACCCCCUCAAACAAACUUUUAUCAUCUUGGAUAAAGACUUGGUUUCUGGACAAUUCGUUCAUGGCGAUCCUCAUGUCGAAGCCAUGGUUGGUGAUGUGAAUAUAUACAUGAAUGAUUUGGAAGAUUCCCAUCUGGCUGAGAUUGAAAUAAUGAUAGCUGAACCUAAAAGCCGUGGCAAAGGACUUGGGAUGGAAUCCGUGUUGAUGAUGACAGUUUUUGCCAUUGAAAAUCAUAAAAUCAACACCUUUCGUGCCAAAAUUGGGGAUUCAAAUGAAGCUUCUUUGAAUAUGUUCCGAAAACUGGGCUUCAAGGAGGUCUCUCAUAGUGUAAUCUUCAAAGAGGUUACUCUAGAGCUACCUAUAACUCCAGAAAAGAGUAAGGAGCUGAAUCAAUUAGUUGGGGAUAUGAUUACACAUUCAUAGGUGUUAAUACUCUCUGUGUGUAAGUUGUAUGCAUACGUUCUUACUUAAAAAGAUUACAACUUUAAUAUCUUUAACUUUGAAGUUUGAACAAAAGCUAAAUAAACUCACCAUUUUACUGAAAAACACUCUUAGUCGAAAGUUAUCAUUAAAACUAGUUUUACUUUUAUAGCUAGGGAAAUAUGGCAUUUACCAUUACAUAUUUUUAAAAAACUCACCAUUUUGAUCAUUUCCUACCAUUUACAUAUUUUUAAUGGUUUUACCUUAACAUCAACUUUUUUUUUUACCAUUAAAGCUCAAAAUUUGUUAGACUUGUUUUUGUUUUUUUAGAAAAUAUGGCAUUUACCAUGCCACAUGGUAGCCAUGUUGGUAGUGGACCUGUGUUGGCUGACGUGGCAUCUCCUUAGACUCGUUUUCAACCAUAAUCACUGAGAACUACUCCAUCCCUACUCUCUCAUCUAUAUAAUUCUGACUUAGUCGAAAUCAAUGGUUAAGGUCGUUGGAAGCAAGAGAAAGAGACAAGAAGAAAAUUAUUGAUAUUGAAGAUUAGGGGAAAAUGAAUUCAUUUGGAAAAACAAUCAUUUCCUAAAACAAUAAGUUCCUAAAUUGAAGGCAUUUAAGAUGAGCAUUUCAGUUUAAAUGGAAUGAGAAAACGAUAUCUAGCAUAGUGGAUCUUUAUUUAUUAGUAUAGAUUAAUAAAGAUUAAUC